CGGGGACUUAAUUGUAUUAAUUCACUAUUUUAAGACUUAAUUGUUAUUCUCCCUAGUUCCAAUGGGUUCAUUUACUUAAUGUCACAGUACAUGUUCUUUUCCUUUUUGGGCCUAGUUCACAGUAUAUCUUUGAUUUUGACUUUGAGGCAAAAAGCUUUCUAUCUAUUAUUAUAUAUGCAUGAAACUUCUAAUAUCUCAUAGUUUGAUUUUAUUAUUGGCUUGAAAGGGCACAAAUGAAGUUAGUAUCAUAAUUCAAGACAAUUUGUCCAAAUGCAUGGAAAUAAAAUGGGAUGGAGAGGCCUUCAAGAGUAUGAAAAACCUCAAAGUUCUUAUUUUUAAGGAUGUAAAAUGUUCAACAAGUCCCAAGUAUCUUCCUAACAGUUUAAAAGUGUUGAAGUGGCAAAGGUAUCCUUCUUCAUUUUUGCCUCUUGAUUUUCAUCCAAAGAAGCUUGUCGUACUUGACAUUGGACAUAGUUAUCUGAGGUCGCUGGAAAUCAUUAAGACUUCGAAUAAUUUGGGCAUUUUAAAUCUUAGAAGUUGCCAACAUAUUACAGAGAUUCCUGAUCUAUCGAAUCUCAUAAAUUUGAAGGAAUUAGACCUUCAACAUUGUAAGAAUUUAAUCGCAAUUCACAAUUCAAUUGGUUAUCUAGCAAAACUUGAAAUCUUGGAUGUAACAAGUUGUGUCCGGCUUAAGACCUUUCCAUGUGAAAUCAAGUUGCCAUCUCUUAAAGAACUUGGUCUUAAUCAUUGCUCACGUCUGAAGGACUUUCCGGAAAUACUUGAAGAAGUGAAAAUAAAAGAGCUAUUUUUAAUUGAAACUGGAAUAGAAAAAUUGCCUUGGUCGAUUUACUAUCUUACUCAGCUCAGAGAUUUAUGGAUUAGACAGCACAAGGUCAUUGAGAUCCCAAAUAGCAUUUUUCUAUUGCCAGAACUAGAACGGAUCAUAGUUGAUAAUCACGGGAAGGUGAUAUCAGCCCAGGAUCAACAGUCAAUUUGGUCCAUGCAAUGUCCCAACAGGGUUAAUUUUUGCCUCCCAAGAUGUAACAUCUCAGAUGAGCUCCUUAGAAGUUGUCUUAGUCGAUUUACCAAUAUGGAACGGUUGAACUUGACGGGAAAUAAUUUCACAGUUUUGCCCUCAUGGAUAAAAGAAUGUCAUUUUUUGCGGGACAUCAAAUUAAAUGAGUGCAAGUUUCUGAGAAAAGUUGAAGGGAUUCCACCAUACGUAAGACUUGUUGGAGCAAUAAAUUGCAUGUCAUUGAGUUUGGAGUCCAAGAACUUAUUAUUGAGUGAGGAUUUACUUGGAGCUCCAAGUAGACACUCUUCCACCAAUUUUUUCCUUCGAGAAAUAUAUUUUUGUGUGCCCAUGGCAAGCAUCCCAAACUGGUUUGGCCAUAGAAGAAAAGGAGGAUCUGUUUCUUUUUGGUUUCGUAACCACUUCCCACCUCUAUGCCUUUGUGUUCUUUUUAAAGCAACAGAUGGUUCUCUUGAAUCAAAUCAUUCCUAUUCUUCUAUGUCUGCUUCAGUGUACAUCAAUGGUGAAGAAGUAUAUUAUCGUAAUUUGUGGGAUCGGAGCACACCAAAUGUUGAACAUGUAAUUGUGUACAAUAUAAAAGAGGAUCACAUACCUGAUUAUAAAAUGGAACGAGCUUGCCGAGAGAAUAAGUGGAAUCAUGUAAAUAUAGAGGUUGAUGCAUUUUCACGUGUGGAUAAGGCUUUGAUCAUAGAAGAGAGUGGAAUCUAUGUAAUUAAACAACUAAGUCAGAAGGAAGAUUUCAGAUUUACAAAUCCUUAUGAACGAUCGGUUUCCCCUUGUGGUGACCAAAAUUGUGAAAUCAUAGAGAUCUCAUAUGGUGCUGGCGGUGGUGAUGGUGAUGAUGUGAAUCCAAAAUGCACUAAUAAUGAUGGUAAUUAA